GAAAAUAUAUAUAUUAAAAGAAUAAAUCUAAUCAAUUAUAACAAAUGGUAUUUAGGAAAAUAAAUUGUAUUAAGCCAACUAAUACUUCUACGACCAAGCCCCUUGCAGAAAAAGGAAUUGGCAGAACGGCGAGCACCAAAUCGUUGCCCCCAAAUUCCAUUGCUGACGAGUGACGAGGGAAGUGAAAAGGCUAACAAGAUGCUGCCACAGCGGAUGAAAAAGGUUAUGACAGACAACCCAAAAAAGUUAGCCAAUUUGAUUGACCUAGUAAAUCUCCCUUCAACACUUAGAGAGUUCAUGGGUCAGUCGCAAACCUCCCGCUUGGGUUGUUUUAAGCGUGUCUGGUCUUACAUCAAAGAAAACAAUCUCCAGGAUCCGAACAACAAGAACUUGGUUAAUUGCGAUGAAAAGUUGAAGAGUGUGUUGUUGGGUAAGCCCCAGGUUGAGCUUACUGAACUACCAACGCUGAUCAAGUUGCACUUCCCCAAGCAACCAAGAUGAUUGAGUUUAUUGUAAUGUUUAAUCUUAGUGCUUAAUCUUCGAACACUAUAUAGACUCCACAGAUUUUACGAAGAGUUAGGCUGAUUAAGUAUCCUGGUAAAAUGACUUGUCUUAUGAGUUACUAGUCAAAGCUCUACAAGCAGAAGCAGCUCUAGAGUUUUGCAUUUUGCCAUAUUUUACUUUCUAGAGUUUUGCGUUUUGCCAUAUUUUACUUUCGUAUUCUCGAAGAUGCUACCCUUUACUGUAGUGAUGCUCUUUUUUUUAACUU